AUGUCGGAAAACCUAUGUAACCUCUUCCAGACCGCCAACCAAUGCGACAAAGAAACGACCUGUGGCGACGAUGAGACUUGCUGCAAACUCGGCGACAAUACGUGGGGAUGUUGUCCAAUGCCACAGGCGGUCUGUUGUGAUGACCGGUCUCAUUGCUGUCCGUCUGGAACCACUUGUGACCCGCAGGGGUCUAGAUGUAUUGGGGAAGACAAUCAACAUACACCAAUGAGAAAGAAGAAGCCGGCGAGGAAGACGGGAACGACUGUGGUGGAGAAGAAUGAGUUUGAUGAGGUCAUCUGCCCCGACAAAUCGAGCAAAUGCCCGGACGGCUCGACGUGCUGUCUUCUGGAACAAGGCACCUACGGGUGUUGCCCGGUGCCGAACGCCGUCUGCUGUGCCGACAUGCUCCAUUGCUGUCCCAACGGAUUCCAGUGUCAUGGACAGUUUUGCUCGCAAAAUUUCGCCAUGAUCCCACAUCUCCGAAAAUUCGCGUCCACCUCAAUCCACCGUAAGCCGGCUGUCGACUUCUUGCCAGAAGAAGAAGAAGAUGAUGAUGACUCCACGUCUUCUGAAUCCACGUCUUCUGAAUCAUCUGAAUCUUCUGAAUCUUCUGAAUCCGGCGACAUGGAUCCAGUGGCUUGCGGAGUUGGCAAAACGUGCCCGAGUAAGACGACGUGCUGUGAGAUCCGUAGACGUAAUGGGGAGAUGAAGACUAUGUGCUGUCCGUUGACUAAUGCGGUGUGCUGUGAGAACACGUGUUGUCCAGGCGGCUACCAUUGUGUUGCCGGAGGAAAGUGUGAGAAGCACGCGCGGACGAUGAGAAACCGAUUCUGGAACAAGGGCGAGGAGGAGAUUUGA